AUGAUGUUCAAGUCUCUUGCCGCCGUGUCAGCGGCUCUCUCACUCUUUGCAUCGUCUGCUGUUGCUGUUGAUCCCAGCCUGAAGAAUAAUGUUGCUGUCUACUACGGACAAGGUGCCAACCAACCCCGUCUCAAGCAUUUCUGUGAACAGACUACGUCGGACAUUAUCAACAUUGGGUUCAUCCAUGAGUUCCCCAAAAAGGUGGGGGACUACCCUGGUUCCAACUUUGGCAAUCAGUGUGAUGGUUCCUUUUUCCCCGGCACAGGAUUGCUUAAGGGUUGCCACCAGAUUUGGGAGGAUAUCCCUAGCUGCAAGGCUGCUGGCAAGACAGUCCUGCUGUCUCUCGGUGGUGGUUCUGCCACAACCCAGUCUCUCAAGGACGUGGCUACCGCAGAAUCGUUUGCGGAUUUCCUGUGGCACUCCUUUGGUCCUUACGAUGAAUCGUUCUCUUCGUUGACGUGGACCGCGGCCAUGAAGGGCAAGCUAUACCCUCGCCCAUUCCUCAAUGUCGCAGUCGAUGGAUUUGAUUUUGAUAUCGAGUACAAUGGCAAUGUUGGAUACGCUGCCAUGAUCAAUCGUCUGCGCAAGCAUUUCGCCGCCGCACCCAAACAGAAGUAUUACAUCUCCGGUGCUCCCCAGUGUCCCAUUCCGGACAAGCAGCUCGGCGACGCUAUUUCCAAGUCAUGGUUUGAUUUCAUCUGGGUUCAGUGGUACAACACCCAGACUUGCUCUGCUGCCAGCACGGUUACCGGGAAAGGCAAGUUCAACUUCAAUGAAUGGGUCACCGUCAUCGAGAAUAGCGCCAACCCUAAUGCCAAGCUGUUCAUUGGUCUUCCUGCCUCGAAGGCUGCCGCCAACGACGGAUUCUACCUUACUCCUACCCAGGUGAAGCCCCUUAUUCAGACUUAUGUGAAGAACAAGCACUUCGGUGGUGUGAUGCUGUGGGAGGCCACUGCCGGUGACAACAACCUCAUCAACGGAAAAACAUACACUCAGCACAUUAAGGAUAUCCUGUACGGUUACGCUCCUCUUCCUCCCAAGCCUACAACCACCACCACCACCACCACUGUCAAGCCGACCACCACCACUAAAUCCUCAACCACCACCACCACCACCACUUCCAGCUCAACCACCACUUCUAGCUCGACCACCACUUCCAGCUCGACCACCACUUCCAGCUCGACCACCUCGUCGACCCCGGUCAGCUCCUCGACCCCGGUCACCUCCUCGACUACUUCUAGCUCGACCACCACUUCCAGCUCGACCACCUCGUCGACCCCGGUCAGCUCCUCGACCCCGGUCACCUCCUCGACUACUUCCAGCUCGACCACUACUUCCAGCUUGACUACCACUUCCAGCUCGGUGGCUUCUAGCAGUUCUGUGACCCCCUCAUCCGGCCAUCCCAUUCCCAGCCCCACCCCCGGCCACAGCUCGCACGGUGGUCACGGCCAUGGACACCACACCCACACUCACCACCACUCCCACACAACUCCCCGGGUCUCGGGCUCUUCCAGAACUCCUGUCCCUUCUGCGACCGAGUCUGGCGCCUCUUCCACCGAUGAAGGUGCCAUCCCGACCGGUGUCCCCGGCGACAAGACAACUACCGGAGGCUCCAAGCCUACCGGCGGCGAGACUACCACUGGGGGCUCCAAGCCCACUGGCGGCGAGAAUACCACCGGAGGCUCCAAGCCUACCGGCGGCGAGACUACCACUGGGGGCGCCAAGCCCACUGGCGGCGAGACUACCACUGGAGGCGCCAAGCCCCCUGGCAAUGAGACCACUGGAGGUUCCAAGCCUACUGGCACUGACUCCACCACAGCCCCCGCUGGUAUCACUGCCACUCCCUCCUUGCCUGCCUCGCCUUCUUCUUUGGCUCCGGGUACCACCACAACUAUCAUUGUGACCUCUUACAUUGAUAUUUGCCCCACCGGUUUCACCACCAUCACCACCACUAUCACCAAGACCUACUGCCCUGGUGAUGCCACUGCCACUGCUAUCCCCACUGGCACCGCCGAGAUUACCGCCCCUACUUCCGGCCCUGCCACUUCCACUGCCUCCAUUCCCGAAGGCUGGACUACUACCGUGACCGUCUGCACCGUGUGCGCCGCUACCCCGACCACCGUGACCCUCACCAAGCCCGCUGCCCCUACUACCACUGAGGUUGUGUCGCAGCCCACCGCUCCUUCGGUGCCCGAGGGCUUCACCACCACUGUGACUUACUGCAAGCACUGUGGUCCUACCGGUAGCAGCGUCACCCUAGUUAUCCCGAUUCCCUCUGCUACGGCCAUUAUCCCUGCUGCCAGCUCCGCGGUGGCAUCUUCUUCCUUCAAGGCCAUCCCCAGCGGAGGAUUCCACGCCGGUAGACCCUCGUCAAGCCUAGUCUUCCACCCUGUGCCCACGGCCACUGCGGACACACCCGCAGCGCCCACCGGCAACCCCGUGGGCGUGUCCCCAGUCUACACUGGUGCCGCCUCGCGGGCCAACGUGGCUGGCCUCGGUGGCGUCCUCGCCGUCGCCCUUUCCAUGUUCAUGAUGCUGUGA